UUCUCCACCCUGAAGUCAACUCCUUUCUCUCUCUCUCUCUUCCACCUCUCUCUCCAACUCCACUACUCACCACUUACCACUUGCUUUUGAUUCCACUCUCCUUUCCAACCUCCGCGCUAUUCUCUAUCUUCCACCAUGGGCAACGGUGUAGCCAAGCUAAAAAAUUGCUGCUUUUCAGGUUACGGCGUCGCCGGCCACCGUCGAGAAUCUGCCGCCGUAACAUCGGAGCCGUACGACGAGGGUUUGGGCCACUCCUUUUUCUACGUCCAGACCGACCAAUCCAUCUUCCGGUCGGGGCCUUCAAAAGUCCAUGACUCCGAGGAGACCACCACCUUCCGCUCUAUCUCCGGCGCCGCCGUCAGCGCUAACACCGCUACUCCCCUCUCCACCGCUAUCGACGCCGGCGCCGGAGCAGCCUUCGAGAGCUCGACCUCUUUCUCAUCCGUCCCUCUCCAACCCAUGCCCCGAUUCUCCGGUCCACUCUCUGGCCCGCUUGCUGACCGCGGCUUCCUUUCCGGUCCUAUUGAGCGCGCUGGGUUCAUGUCCGGCCCACUGGACGGGGCUGUUAGCCGCCGCUCGGGCCCACUCCGACGGAGCUUUUCCCAUGGCCUCGCUCUCCGCCGCCGCGCCGCUGCUUCGCUGCUUCGCAGCGUCACCUCAGCUAUCUCCCGCUCUAUCUCCGCCCCUAUCAGAAAAUCCGAUUCAUCUGGAAGCAGCUCCACGCUUCAACUGAAUUCUUUCGCCGGCGGGUCUUCCGAAUGCUACCACUGGGCACAGGGGAGAGCAGGGGAGGAUCGUGUUCAUGUUGUGAUAUCAGAGGAGCACGGGUGGCUCUUCGUCGGAAUUUAUGACGGGUUUAACGGUCCAGAUGCAACAGACUACCUUCUUUCUAAUCUGUACCCCGCCGUGCUGCAGGAGGUCAAGGGGCUGCUAUGGGUUGAAGACAAAAAGGAAACUUUCGAUUUUUCCUCCGAAGAUCAAAUCGCAGACAACUGUAAAAAUGAUUCCUUUACUAGUGAGAUGACUGGUUUGGUGUCGCCGGAAGAAAACAAAGGGGAAGGAAUCCAGAAGAGGAGGUCUUGGGGUCCAGCGAGAAAGUGUGAAGAUAAUCAGAAGAGAUGGAAGUACGAGUGGUUUCGGGAGAGAUUGGAAUUGGAUCGGAGCGUUAGGAAACAAUUGAGCCGAUCGAGUUCGAGAGGAAUAGAGUCCCACUCCAAAGUGCUGAAAGCUCUUUCUAUGGCGUUGAAGAAGACUGAGGAAGCGUUUUUAGAAGUUGCAGACACUAUAGUAUUGGAGAAUCCGGAGCUGGCGCUCAUGGGUUCCUGUGUGCUUGUGAUGGUGAUGAAGGGAGAGGAUGUUUAUAUCAUGAAUGUGGGAGAUAGCCGAGCAGUGUUGGGUAAAAAAGCAGAGCCAGAUAUUUGGGAUUCAGUGAGGAAUGAGAGGCUGAACUUGCAGAGUAUAAAUGAAGAGACUUUACAUGAUCUUGAGAAUUAUGAGUGCGGUGGUGAUCAUAUGGAUGGUUUGCAGAAUCUUGUUUCCUUGCAGCUUACAAAGGAUCACAGCACCAGUGUGGAAGAGGAAGUUAAAAGAAUAAGGAGUGAGCAUCCUGAGGACUCUUUAGCCAUUGCAAAUGACAGAGUCAAGGGAUCAUUGAAGGUGACAAGAGCUUUUGGAGCUGGGUUUUUGAAGCAGCCCAAAUGGAAUAAUGCCAUCCUCGAGAUGUUCAGAAUUGAUUACAUUGGAACCUCACCUUACAUCACAUGCAACCCUUUUCUUUAUCAUCAUAGACUCAGCUCAAACGAUAAAUUUUUAAUACUUUCAUCUGAUGGACUGUAUCAAUACUUCACAAAUGAAGAGGCCGUUGCCGAGGUCGAAUUAUUUAUUUCCACAAAUCCAGAAGGGGAUCCCGCUCAGCAUCUCGUUGAAGAAGUUCUCUUCCGCGCAGCUAAAAAUGCUGGUUUGGAUUUUUAUGAACUACUGGAGAUUCCGCAAGGAGAUAGAAGAAGAUAUCACGAUGAUGUCUCGAUCAUCAUCAUCUCUUUUGAGGGAAGAAUAUGGAGAUCUUGUAUGUAAAUAAGCAAAACUGUACAAGAUAUAGAGUUCAGAGUUUUAUCAAAAAGAUUGCUUCUUUUAUAUAUUUAUAUAUAUAUUUCCAAUUCAAUGUUA